AUGGUUGAAAUUACAAUAACAAAACGACGACGAGUAGAACCCACCCAAGCAUGUUCUAAUUUCGCGCCUGAUUCCUCGGCACACUACCCUCUCGGAUGUCUCUAUUCCAGUUUAGCUUACAAACAGACACCUGAAUGCCUAUCGUCUGACAGUCAAGGUGCAUUUGUAAUUACAUCACCUCAACCAAAUCCAGCAUCCAUAGAUGUAAUCACCGGCGAUGUGUUCUUGACGGAGUCUACGAAAACCACAGUAUACAAAACACCAAUGCGGAUUGUAGAACAAUACCAUCAAAAGCAUAUCAUCACACAUGUAAAAUGGCACCAAAAUGGGACAUUCCUAGCAACUGCAGACGAAAUAGGAAAGAUUGCAGUGUGGAAUCUGGAGGGAUCAGUGGACCGUUGGUCAUUAACAUAUGAAAUCGAUCUUCAUCAACCUCUGGCUGCUCUAAUUUGGCUUCGGUCUGAACGUUCGCAUACUGGCUCAGAAGAAAUACGAAAAGAUCGAGUAUUGGGUCCGAGAAAUCCAUACGGUCAACUUGGAUUUGUAGCGGUUACAGUUUAUGGUGAAAUUAGCGUGCACUAUCAGCGCAACGGUGAGAUAUUUUCCACCUUUUCCACCAUGUUGCCAAAAUCAGGCAGACGAGAAAUAGGAAGGCCAGAUAUGGGAUGCUUUGGAAUGGCUCUAUCAGGUUUAGAUGCGUGGCAGAGGAUAUCUCAUGCUUCCAUGGUAUUUGAUAAAGAUGGAACAAUUUGUCUUGCAACGUAUUAUUCUUCGGUACAGCCCAAAUAUGUCCAAUUGUAUAAAAUCAGCGUUAAUUUCCCUAUAAAAGGUUGUCAAGAAGCUAUUAUAUGUCAAACAAUUACAAAAUUAAGAUUAUCCCUUCCUCUACUGGAGAAUCUUGCAAAAGAGAUUUCUGAUCCUGAUUAUGCCGUUACGCAAAUAUUGCUUUCACAUAAAAACAAUAAUCUUCAGCUGUCAGUUGGGCUCGGAAAAAAGACAGUAGACACAUUUGACGCUUAUUUCGGAAGGUGGCAGCUAAGAAGAGUGGGACAGGCACAUAAUAUUACUUCUAGUAAAAUUUCACACACAGAUCGACAGGAACUAAGUUGUAUUCAAGGGUUCGCUAUAAAAGGCCGAUUUAUUACAUCAAUUUCAUCCACAAACAAUGGUGCCAUUGCUCUUGGCCUAUCUGAUGGAAGUACACACUUAGAAUAUCGUACAAAAGGUGAUUUCAGCUUGUUAAAAAUUACACCCGAUACGAAGGAAAAUGAUAAAUCCUGUGGACCUGGAUUUUGGGAGGUAACAAAUCCCCAGCCGUUUAAAGAAAAGUGCUCAGAUACGAUUUUAACUAUUAAAUUUUCACCGCAUGAGACCCACAUGCUGUACCUAUUUUCAUCCGGAAAACUGGGAAUAGCACGCGUCACAGAAGAAUACACCACUGUUGAAUCUAUGAAGAAUGCCAUUUGUGUUAUCGAACAAAUGCUCAAAUUGAGCUUACUUAAUAAUACGGAUAAGCUUGAUCUUACAACUGAGCUUGUACGGCUAGGUAAAGUGCCUGAACACAAAGAUACUCCUGAAAGGGUUGUUCUUGAAACUUUGGUUGCCUAUGAGACCUAUUGUAAUCAGGGAGAUAUUCGAGUCUUUUCCUUUGAACGCAAAAAAGAGAUCUUGGAAAUCCCUGUUAAAAGAUCCGAAGAGUGGUGUCCUACACAAAUGGGUAAUGCGUUUGGUCUUGCAAUGAGCACAUUCAGAAUUAUGCCAGAAAAACGUAUACAGUAUAAGAACCUUAGUAAAGCUAUCCAGCUACCUGUGAUUCUUGAAUGCUUUGUAGCAAGUUGCACAUCAGAAAGGAGUGUUGUUUCAGAUAUUCUUGGUGAGAAUUAA